UGAAGCCUACAACUUCCAGCUGUAGGAGACAUGGCUCGCAGCCUGAUUCCGUCGGCGUGCUUCCCCCGCCCUGGCCUCGGACGCGACUACAGGUGGGACACGUGGGACUCGUGGGACAACAGCCGGCUGCUGGACCAGCACUUCGGCACCCCGCUGCUUGAUGAUGACCUGUGGGCUCUGAGGCCCGCGCGGAUCGGCAUGCGAGCCCCGUUCCGCAGGCAGUUGUCCAGGGGAGGAGGCGGGGUGUCCGAGCUGCGAAACGAGCCGGAUUCCUUCCAAGUGAUGCUGGACGUGAGCCACUUCUCGCCGGAGGAGAUCACGGUGAAGACGGUGGACCGGUGCAUCAGCGUGUCGGCUCGCCACGAGGAGCGCAUGGACGAGCACGGCUUUGUGUCUCGCGAGUUCACGCGCCGCUACAUCCUGCCCGAGGACACGCUGCCCGAGCAGGUGUCUUCGACGCUGUCGCCCGACGGCGUGCUCACCAUCACGGCGCCCAAGGUGCCUCCUGCCUCGGCGCCCAACGAGCGCAUCGUGCCCAUCGCCGUGCAGGGCGCCGCCGCCGCCGCCAUGCCGCUAACGGUACAACACGAGCCCUGACGCACGCCGAUGGACAAUAAAA